AGAUCUGGCUCCCAGAUGUUGCAGCGGGAUCGAGCCAGCUGCAGAGCCAGCCUGGAGUGUGUGAGCCGGGAAUAUUUACAGCCCCUCGCUGCCCGGGAGAUGAUUGCACUGCUUUUCUUCUCUGCCCUGCUGUGGGACAAGGCUCGAGCGUGGGGCUUCAAGGAUGGGGUGCUGCACAACUCCAUUUGGUUAGAGCGAGCAGCCGGCGUGUAUCACCGGGAGGCGCGCGCCGGCAAGUACCGCCUCACCUACGCCGAGGCCAAGGCCGUGUGCGAGUACGAGGGAGGACACCUGGCCACGUACCAACAGCUGGAGGCCGCUCGGAAAAUAGGUUUCCACGUGUGUGCGGCUGGCUGGAUGGCAAAGGGCAGAGUUGGUUAUCCCAUUGUAAAAGCUGGAGCCAACUGUGGCUUUGGCAAGACUGGAAUUGUGGACUAUGGAAUUCGCCUCAACAGGAGCGAGAGGUGGGAUGCCUACUGCUACAACCCCAACGGAAAAGAGUGUGGUGGAGUCUUCACGGAUUCCAAACAUGUUUUCAAGUCCCCAGGCUACCCAAACGAGUAUGAAAAUGAUCAGAUUUGCUACUGGCACAUCCGAGUCAAGUACGGCCAGAGGAUCCACCUGCAGUUCCUGGAGUUUGAUGUGGAGGAUGACACUGCCUGUCUGGCUGAUUUCCUGGAAAUCUAUGACAGCUACGAUGACAUCAAUGGAUUUGUGGGCAGGUUUUGUGGAGAUGAGUUGCCAGAUGACAUCAUUAGCACAGGCAAUGUCAUGACCCUGAAGUUCCUGACGGAUGCCUCGGUGACUGCUGGUGGCUUCCAGAUCAGGUACACCACCGUGGACAUGCCUUCCAAGGCAGGGGAUGGCAAGAAUGCAACGUCCCAAGGAAAAACAAACUUCUUAUCCGGAAAAUUUGGUAUUAUGUGAGCAGAGUAGCCAGACACAGAAACAUGUUCUAGAGUGAACCCAAUUCAGAUAUUUGUGUCUUCAGAUGAGACUUUUUUUUUCAUCUCUUUCUGAAUUUUUCUCUCCGGCUUUUCAAUAAGUUUUGUUAAUAAACUACACUAGGGAAUAAAUUAUAAAACGUGCUUACAUGAAUAAUAGGAAACUAUUUUUAGAAUACCAGUACUGUAAAAAUCUGAAGAAUUCAUUGCUACCAAAGACUUAAAAAAAUUAUUUUUCUAUAUAAACUGCUCCUUCUCCUCAUUUCUUGCACCACUUGAACAAACUUUUUGUGUGACUGUUCCAAUUGUUUUUAAACUUAACAGGCUCUUCUCUCCUUAUUUCCCUUGAGUUCCACAUAUUUAUUUUUUAGGCAGUUGCCUUUUUUCCUGUUCUCUACACAUUAUUAUUUUUUUUUUAAUUAACUGAUUUUCUUGAACUCUAAGGGUCUUUAGAGUCAGCUGAUUUUUAAGACACAUAAAUUCAUCUUGUGGAUGGCCUGGGAGCCACCCACGUGAAGACUGGGAAGCAGCACGAAGAGCACGGGAUCAAUUGGAUCCACACUUUAGUUUUAUUGCCAGAUCAAUCAGAAACUGGCCGAUGGAUUCUGUCAGGGUUUCCUCAUUCAGAGAAGAGUUGUUGAAGUCCUUUCACUUCUCUGAGUCCACUUAGUAAAGAAUUAAACGGAUGGCUUCGUAAUGAGAAUAAAACUGGUGAGAUGAAGCAUCAGGAGAAACUUCUCAGCGAGCACCAGCACGUUCAGAAGACACUGUCGAGGUGUUGCACGUUGUUUACACGGGUUUAAGACUGUUCUAGUUUAAAUUGCUGAACUUAAGUCCUUCUCCAUAUGUUUUUAACUGAAGCAGCAUUAAAGCUACCUCUGUUUUAAUCACA